AUGUGUGCAAGCUCAACUGUAAUACGAUCGAAAGUCAGCCAGUCGUGCAUACCAUGGUUUAGUGCACCGUGCAAGGGUCAUCAGCUUCGUAGGACGGUGCAAAGCUCACUUCCGCAGCAAUGUCCAACAGAAUCCCGGUUCCUUUUGUUGUGGAAGGCCAGAAAAAUUCUGUCCGCGUUUGCUAUCGCUGCUCAUGUGUUGCGAAACUACACAAUCCUUGGUGCACCUGAAAAGUUAUGCGCAACAUCAUGUGAUCGGUCACUCAACCCUGGAGAGCACACAGAAGUACACUUCAUCUGGGCAAGAUGGCCCAUGUGGUUGGAGCGCGAAUUUACUGACCGGAAGGUUCUUCGUACGAACCCGACCCCUGCCUCUCGACUUCCUCUGUCUAGGCUUGGGCAACCUGGCAGUAUCCCAGCCCUCGUGCUUCCUUCGGGUGACAUGGCACCGUAA